AUGCCGGCGGCAAAGCUUCUUAUGUUUCUUUCUCUCUUUGGAGGCAAACCUGGCUCAGCUGCUGCUCUUGAUAAUUGUGUUUUCUUGGGGGAAGAAGAGAAAAACAGUCUGUAUGAAGAUGGAGAUGUUGUUAUUGGGGGCUUAUUCCCUCUACACUACAGCCCUGUGUCUUCUCUUCCAACAUACAACACAAAACCAACAGCUAAUAUGUAUAAGUACUUCAGCUCUCGUGCCUUGCGCUGGAUGCAGACUAUGACUUUUGCAAUCAAAGAGAUCAACCAGCGCAGCGACCUCCUGCCACAGCUCAAGCUGGGUUUCCACAUCCGUGACAGCUGUGAUGACAUACCUGUGUCUCUGAGAGCAUCUUUGCUGUUGGUGAACGGCCAGCCAGAGAGUGGCUCCAGAGCCGAGAGCUGUGCUGCUCUACAAAGGACGUUGUCUCCAGUAAUCAUAGGAGACGCUGCUUCUGGCGUGUCUAUGGCUCUGCUAAGAAGCCUGGGUUCUUUCCAUAUCCCCCUGGUGAGUUAUUUUGCAUCCUGCAGCUGUCUGAGUAACCAAAGGGAGUUCCCCACAUUCAUGCGAACCAUGCCUAGUGAUGCCUUCCAAAUCAAAGCGCUAGCCCAGCUGGUUAGCUAUUUUGGCUGGACCUGGGUUGGAGUCAUUGGAGUGGAAUCUGAUUACGCUCGAUUUGCCAUCCAGCUCUUCCUGCAGGAGUCUGUGCAGUAUGGUGUGUGUUCUGCCUACACUCACUUCUACCCAGUUGCCCUGAGUCAGCAGGCUCUAGAUGAGCUUCUGGAUGUUAUUCAGAUGGCGUCCUCAAAGGUAAUCAUAAACAUUUCUGGUGAGUCAGAGAUGCAGAGUAUUCUAAGAGAGAUCCAACAUCGUAAUAUAACUGGCCUGCAGUGGAUCGCCAGUGAGGCUUGGGCCACUGCUAAAUCACUCUGGGAAAAGUUUGGAGAUCUCCUGAUGGGAACAUUAGGUUUUGCAAUCCGGAGAGCUGACGUGAUUCCAGGGCUGAAACAACACCUCACUAGUCUAUCCUAUAUUCAUGAAUCAGCUUUCCUGGCAGAAUUUUGGGAAGAAAUGUUUAACUGCCAUCUGAAUGGGUCAGUGAACAGGCACUCUCAUGGGGUCGAUAACUACUUUGACAGACUGCCAUGUAAAGGGACAGAGGAGUUAAAUGAUGUUUACUCUCCUUAUUCUGAUGUGACACAGCUAAGAGUGUCCUAUAAUGUCUACAAGGCAGUGUAUCUUGUGGCCCAUGCCUUGCAAGAUAUGAGUAACUGCACAGUCGGACUGGGGCCUUUCCUGAAUGGCACCUGUGCAGACCCAAAGAAUUUUAAACCUUGGCAGCUAAUCUACUACAUGAAGCGUGCAAAUUUUUCUGCGCUGGGGGAGAAAGUCAACUUUGAUCAAAACGGUGACCCCAAUGCUUAUUAUGAUCUCAUGAACUGGCAAAGGAUGCCUGACGGCUCAUUACAUUUGGUAAAAGUAGGUUUCUACGACGCCUCCUCACCUUCUGGACGCACCCUGGUCAUAAAUGGCUCAGUGAUUCAGUGGCCUGUUGGGAAGCAGGCUUCCCGGUCUGUAUGCAGUGACAGCUGUCCACCAGGUUCCCGCAUCACCAGGAGAAAGGGGGAACCCAUCUGCUGUUUCGACUGUGUACCCUGUGCUGAGGGACAAGUUAGUAAUAAGACUGAUUCUUUAGAGUGCUCACGCUGCUCAGAGGACACAUGGCCCAAUAAAGCCAGAAGUCUCUGCAUCCCAAAGAUUAUUGAGUUCCUGUCAUACCAUGACUUAAUGGGUAUUUUGCUGUGUGUUGUAUGUAUCUUCGGAGCUUGUAUCUCCCUCUCAUUCCUCAUUAUAUUCUUCACAUACAAAGACACACCAUUAGUUCGGGCCAACAACAUGGAAUUAAGCUUCCUUCUCUUAGUGUUUCUUGCUGUCUGUUUCCUUGUGGGCCUGUUGUUCAUUGGUGAGCCUUCAGACUGGCUUU